GGGUGAGGCUUCCGUUUCUGGUUGGCUGAAGACUGAGCCAAUGGGAGCUCUGCAAAAGCUGGUCUGGACACAGGCGGGUGAGUGCGCGGGAGGGUUCGCGUCUCCCUGGUGUCAAAGCCGCUCUUUCCUUUUCGGAAGAUCCCCUUAAAGUUAACGCCCAGCUCGUUUUUGUUUCCCUCCCCAAGAAAUUGUAGCAGCUGCCCAGCCAUGGCUCUGCCUCCGGAGAAAGCCUCGGAGCUCAAACAGAUUAUUCACCAGCAGUUAACUAAGAUGGAUGUUCACAGCAGGAUUCGAGAAGUGCUUGCUGAGACCAUACAUGAAGAACUGCCACCUCAACAUCAGCAGCUAUCCCAAGAAGAUCUAAUGAAAGCCCUCACACGGCGAGGAAUCAUUGAUGAUGUUAUGAAAGAACUAAAUUUUGUAACAGAUAUAAAUGACAAAGAAAUUACUUCAACUCCAAAACCCACUACUCAUUUUGUUGACCGACAGGCAGCCAUGCUGAAGAAAACAAAUAUUGACCCAACACGAAGGUAUCUUUAUCUUCAGGUUUUGGGUGGAAAAGCUUUUCUGGAACAUCUGCAGGAACCAGAACCUUUACCUGGUCAAAUUUGUUCUACUUUGACACUUUGCUUGCAUUUCCGAAACCAACGUUUCCGCUCUAAACCUGUCCCGUGUGCCUGUGAACCAGAUUUCAGUGAUGGUUUUCUACUUGAAGUAUAUAAGGAAAGCUUAGACACAUCUGGUGAGACCACAUUAGUAGCAUCCUAUUUCUUAGAGUGGCGGUCUGUCCUUUGUGCAGAGAACAGGAUUACAAAUGUUGCUGUUGAACUUCUGGGUGUAGGUACAGAAUCAAAAGUUUCUGUUGGAAUACUUAAUAUCAGACUUGAAAUGUAUCCAAAGCUAAAUAAGACACUUUCUCAGGAAAUAGUUACUACUCAGUUUUCUUUAGAACGCCAGAAAACAGCAGAAAAAGAACGCCUGUUUCUUGUUUAUGCUAAGCAGUGGUGGAGAGAAUAUCUGCAGAUUAGGACUUCACACAACACAAGACUGGUGAAAAUUUUUGCACAGGAUGAAAAUGGGAUAAACAGGCCAGUCUGUUCAUACGUCAAGCCUCUUCGAGCAGGCCGACUUCUAGACACACCCAGGCAAGCGGCAAGAUUUGUCAGUGUGCUUGGUUAUGAAAGAGCCCCUAUCAUCGGUGGAGGAAAUAGUAAACAAGAACAGUGGUGUACUCUUCUGGCUUUUCUAUGUAGAAAUAAGGGAGAUUGUGAGGAUCAUGCUAACCUUUUGUGCAGUCUUCUACUGGGAUUUGGACUAGAAGCUUUUGUCUGUGUAGGAACAAAGGCCAAAGGAGUUCCUCACACUUGGGUAAUGACUUACGGGAUUGAUGGAAUAAUCACUUUCUGGGAGAGUUUAACAGGACAUAGAUAUAUCCACAAUCCUAUAAAACCUGAUGAUCCUCCAAUUGUUGAACAACCCAAGCCACUGUAUCCUUACCGAACAAUAGGAUGUGUCUUCAAUCAUCACAAGUUUUUGGCGAACUGCCAGCCUACUGAUGCCGUAGAAGUCUGUUCCUUUGACUUGCAUGAUGAAUCCAAGUGGAAACCAAUGAGUAGUGAAGCAAUCAAAUCUGUAUGUUCUCCAGGAGCCACAACUGCACUUCCUCCUUUUCCUCCUCUCUGUGCUUCGUCAGUAGAUGCUGCAGUGACAAGCAAUGAACUGGAGUUGCAACUGAGAAUGUUAGUGGUAGAACACAGGAAGGACCUUGGUCUUUCAACAGUUUGGGACGACCAGCUUUCCUACCUCUUGUCACCAGCCUUGGCAGCCUAUGAACUUGAACGCACCACAGGUGUUUCUUCAGGUAAUGAAGAAUUUCAAGAUGCCAUCAGGAGAGCAGUACCCGAUGGACACACAUUCAAAGGAUUUCCCAUUCAUUUUGUACACAGAAAUGCAAGGAGAGCAUUUGCUGCGUGCCUUCGGUCUCCUUUUUGUGACGAAAUACUGUGCUGUAGAGGGGACCAAGUGCGACAUGCAGUUCGUGUCAGAGUUUUCACAUAUCCUGAAUCUGCAUGUGCCGUAUGGAUCAUGUUUGCUUGCAAAUACCGUUCCGUCCUCUAAGAAACACUUGCACUUUGAACUGAAAUCCCCCACAGUUAUGUCAAAGUCCCAUUGAGGUCAAAUGCUUCUCACUAUUAAUGAUGUCAGGCUUGCAUUCUGAUCCUGAACACAUUUACUUGGAAGUAAAUCCCAUUGGUUUGUACUCAGCACUGCUAUUCCAGUUGCUCAAACUUACACUUGCACAACUGAACUUGCCCAUCAUCUCUUCCACCCGGCACCCCCUGUGCACUGUUAAAGUCUGCUCCAGUGGGUUGGAGGACCCUCCAGAGCAGAUUUUGAGGGUGUGUAUGGAAGGAGGUGAAGAAGGAAAAGUCCCAUUGUGCAAUUGGAACUCUACUCAGUGUUGGAUACAUCCCACUGAUUUCAGUGCAGCAUUUAUCUAAGUGUGCUUAGGAUCACAGCCUUAAAGAGACAAGAUUGAAUAUUAUUGUAUUUAAUGGUAUGCCUUUAGUAAAGGCUUCUGCCACAAUAUAAUGUUAUGAGUUUUGGCUGUGUGAUUGUGUUCAGAGUAUCAUGACAGAAAAUCUUUGUAUAAAGUGUA